AUGACGACGACGAAGACGACGCAGCUGGCCGCCCGUUGCAAGCGGUGGAUCCCGGCGGUCAACGGCGUUCUCGUCGCAUUCGUACUGGUCGUGCCUACGCUAGUCAUCCUCUUCGGUGGGCGCAUUGGCGAGCAGCCAGCGGUCUGGAUCAAGACGGCCGUUGGCGGCAUACGGCGAGGUGAGACUGACGAUGCCUUCCUGCACCGGGAGACAACUGGCGACGAAAGGCUUCUUGGCGGCCUCUUGGUCGAAGGCUUCGAUCAAGAAUCCUGCCACAGCCGGUACCAGUCCGCCGUGUACCGUCGGAACCCCGGCAGGAAACCUUCGCAGUACCUCGUCUCCAAGUUACGGAACCAUGAGGCCCUGCAAAGACGGUGCGGCCCGGGCACCGCCGCCUACGCCUACGCCUUGGAGGAGCUCAAGUCUGGCAAGAGCCCUACGUCGCCGGACUGCAGGUACGUGGUCUCCAUCUCGUACCGCGGCCUCGGCAACCGGAUCAUCGCCACAGCGUCCGCCUUCCUGUACGCGGUCCUCACCGACCGCGUCUUCCUCGUCGACCCCAGCGCAGCGAUGGACGACCUGUUCUGCGAGCCGUUCCCCAACACGUCAUGGCUGGUGCCUCCGGGCUUCCCGGUCUGGUACCAGAGCUUCUACCUCUCCACGCCGGAGCGGUACGGUAGGAUGCGGGAGGACGGACUGCUGAGAACCGAAGCGGUGAACGGCUCCGCCGCCUCGGGGGAGCUGCCGGCGUUCGCCUACAUUCACCUGGACUACAACCAGACGGCCCACGACAAGCUCUUCUUCUGCGACGACGACCAGCGGCUGCUGUCCAACAUCCAGUGGCUGCUGAUACGGACUGACGGCUACAUUGCGCCGGGGUUGUUCCUCGUGGAAGCGUUCCAGGAGGAGCUCGACAGGAUGUUCCCGGAGCGCGACACCGUGUUCCACCACCUCGGCAGGUACCUGUUCCACCCGACCAACCGCGUCUGGGGCCUCAUCACGCGCUACUAUGACGCGCACUUGGCGUGGGCGCGGCGCGUCGUCGGGAUCCAGGUGCGCGUCGGGUGGUCCGAGUCGCCGGAGACACUGAAGCAGAUCAAGACGUGCACGCAGAAAGAGGGGCUGCUUCCAGCGGUGCUCGGCGAGGAGGACGAGGAGCCGCUGGUGGCGCCGCGCGGUGGUGGUGCCAAACCCACCGCCGUGCUGAUGACCUCUCUCAGGGCCUGGUACUACGACAACAUGAAGGGGAUGUACUGGGAGCGCGCGACGGCGAGCGGCGAGGCGGUCGUCUUCGACCAGCCGAGCCACGAAGAGGUCCAGCGCUACGGCGUCAAGUCGCACGAGCACAAGGCCUGGGCCGAGAUCUACCUUCUGAGCAUGACGGACACGCUCGUCACCAGCGGCGAGUCGACGUUCGGGUACGUGGCGCAGGGGCUUGCCGGGAUGAGGCCGUGGGUGCUCGACACGGGGAUGGUCAACAGCACGGUGGGCUGGCCGUGCAGCAGGGACAUGUCCAUGGAGCCGUGCUACCACGUCCCGCCGACGUACGGCUGCAAGCGACGGGAAGACACGGGCAAGAUCGUGCCGCAUGUGCGACACUGCAAGGACAGGCCCACGGGGUUGAAGCUAGUAGACACAAAGGAUUGGUGA